CCUGAACAGAGCCGAGAGUAACGCUUUUCGCCCACUUACAAAUCUCAUCAGCGCUGGGAGGAAUAAAGCCGGCAGCAGGAGGGCGCAACACUGAGACUCCGGAUUUCGUAGCAGACAACAGGUUGCCAGGGCCACUCCAGGAGCAACUUCUGCGCCGAGAAGGAGCAAAGGAGACCAGUUCUUGUAGCAGCCUCAACUUCGUUAAAAGAUCGAAGAUGAUUCCCCAACUGGCCCUGAUGGUCAUGGUGAGCAUGGCGUACGAGGGAUCCAACGUGCGCGGGGCGGUGGUGACUUCUGACGGGCAGCACGCCUGGGUGAGCCGCAGCCCCGCCAGCGGGCUCCAGUACAUCACCCUGCACAACAGCCGCUACGGCCGCGAGUCGGACGAGGACACCAGCGACCCCAGACAGGAGGGGACCCGCCACGCCGACGUCGCGCUGCACUCCAGCCGGCUGGGGCGGGAGUCUGAGGAGGAGGACGGGCCGGAGAGACCGUGGAGAGAGGCCGGGGAGUACUGGGCCCUCCCGUCCAGCAGGUACGGGCGGCAGAUGGAUGAAGGAUCGGCGGCAGAAAAUACCGACGGCGGCUUCGCCUCCCCUCACAACGUCGAUGGCGACUUCCUGGUAGACGCCGGAGCGAACGAACUUCUGGGAGAGGCUGAAGACAAGCGGGGACCUUCUCCGUGGGCCAUGGUGUACUCCCUGAAGAAACCGACAGGCGGCGCUACUCAGAAGGCACCCCAGAAGGCAGGUGGAGGGAAAGCUCGCUGGAUGCCUUUCAUCCCAAACAUGCGCAAACCUGUGUGGCCAAAAGCAUGACGGAUUCAUGCCAAAAUCUCACUUUAAAUUUUCUCCAGAAUAACGAUCCUGGUAGUGUUCUUUCUCCAGUUGGCAGAAUUGUGUAAAUGCGAGAAUUAAUGUAUCGAAGACCUUUAUUCCUUACUUCAGCUUAUACAUGUAUACAAAAUAUGACAUGGAAAACUUCUUGAAAUAUCGUACACUAGUACCUAGCCAUUGUAACAACGUAGAGCUAAUGAAGUGGGUCACGUUUCUAAUUGCCUCUGUUUAUCAUAAGGGGCCGCUGAACUAUUGAACUGACUGACGAGGCUUUACGAGAAUAGGUUUGGACAUUGAUGAAUGCCUGGUGUGUUACGCCGAAGAGCGGUCAUACCGGCUAUACAGAUACAGAACACAGAUAUACAGGUGUCCAAUGGAUCAAUAGAGGGGGCGGAUCAAAGAUAAAGUACUAAUUUAAAAAUCAAUAUUCAGUUUUAACAUGUGUAUUACAGAAUUGACAGUUUCCGAGUUUUUGUAGAUGAAAUAGGAAAAAGAUGCGUGGAAAGGCAUUUCGUCUGCGAUGUAAAAUAUAUGAAUAAUCAUGUGUAAGCAGUGUGGACCUUUGUUGUGCCAACGUGUAGACCUAGACCGACUCAGCUCUUUAUUUACGGGCACAGCUUUCACUGUCGUAGAAAAAAUCUGAACAAGAAUACUGAAAAAUUGUGAAAUAAGUGGAGACAAAUGGGGAAGACAAUGGCACAAGAGAAACAUUACACA